AGUGUAAUACCUUAGUUCCACAACACUUUUUUGUUUAAUUAUUAGAGCUCUGACAUUCCUUUAAAAAUUUUGCUCUUUUAAACUUCACUUCUCAGUCUUGUUUCUUCUGAUAUUUGUUGAAAAUUUAAACAAGAAAAGAAAUCACAAAGCCAUGGCGCACCAAAUGGAGUUGGUGCCUUCUAAUGUAGGACAAGAAGGGGAAGGUGAAAUGAAGAUAAUUGCUGUGGAAAAAGCUAACAAACCCAUCAACACUCGCUUCAGUGGCAAGGUCGACUACGAUAUGGUGCUGGUUGUGUUCAAAGAAAGUUUCAUAAAGAAGUGGGAGAAAAUGACGCCUUCGCCGGACACAGGCCUACAAGGUUUCGACGAGCUGGCCACUAUCGGUGCGGGCUCCUUCGGCAGAGUGAAAUUGGUACGCGAGAAGUCGACGGGUAAUUACUACGCCGCGAAGUUGGUGUUAAAGGAGAUGAUCGUGAAGACGAAGCAAGUGCCGCAUAUAUUCAAUGAGAAGCGCGUGCUGCUUAGCAUAGACUUUCCCUAUGUGGUUAUGAUGGACUUCUGUCGGAAGGAUUUUGAUAACUUGAUUUUCGGUUUGCCAUUCAUAAAUGGCGGAGAGCUCUUCACCUAUCAUCGCAAAGUGCGCAGAUUCUCCGAGAAACAAGCGCGCUUCUACGCGGCUCAAGUAUUUCUUGGCUUGGAGUAUCUACAUAACCUACAGCUGUUGUAUCGGGAUCUAAAGCCAGAAAAUAUAUUAAUCGAUCGGAAGGGUUAUCUCAAAAUAACGGAUUUUGGUUUUGCAAAGCGCGUUGAGACACGCACUUUGACCUUAUGCGGCACACCUGAGUAUCUGGCGCCCGAGUUGAUAAAGUCCAAACCUUAUUCCACCAGCGUCGACUGGUGGGCGUUCGGUGUGCUGGUCUUUGAAUUUGUCGCCGGUAAUUCACCCUUCUCCGAGUACAAUCGGGACGUGAUGAUGAUGUAUGGAAAAAUCUGCGAUGGCGCCUAUAAGAUACCGGCCUCAUUUCCACCCAUGUUAAAGGACUUAGUUUCACGUCUACUGGUGGUCGAUCCUUCGAAGCGACUCGGUUGCUUAACGAACGCACAGAAGGAUAUCAAAAAUCACGAAUGGUUUAAAGGCGUUGACUGGUACGGACUGCUGAACCAACAAAUACAGCCACCCUAUGUGCCUGUCAUCUCAAAUAUGGAGGAUCUGUCGAAUUUCGAUAAAUAUCCCGAAGAUAAAAAGAAUGCGUCGAAGUCAAAAAAUAACAAAUAUCCCGAAAUCUUUGCUGAGUUUUAGUUGCUUAAAUGUUUAUGUUUAUAUUUUACUUUACGAGAUACUAGCAGUGAAUCGGAAUACUAUAUAUGAAAUGUGCUUAAAAAUGGUUUUUAUUAAU